CCAACCCUCCUGCUCUCUCUCUCUCUCUUCUCUUCUCUCUCUACCCCUCCCCGUAAGACACAUUCAACACGGACAAUCCAGAGAUGGGGUUGAUGAGAAUGCCGGAGAUUUCAGAAGAUAAUGCCUUCACGCCGAGACAAGCCAUGUCGACCUCCAUCUCCUCUUCCAAAACGCUUUCGUCCUCUCUCUCAUCUCGAGCUUCUGGCAACUGGAAGCUCGCCCCCAUUUCCGACUUCUCCGGUCCGGCUGUGGAGGAAACUCUCCGGAAUGCCGAAUCCGUGAUCAAGAAAUGGGACUUGAACUCGAAAACCCCCUACACCCAGGUCGCCUCUCUCUUCGUCCACGACAGGGAAGAAGCCAAGAGCUUCCUCAAAUCCGCCAAUGACCUCCGCGAGGCCAUGCAUUUCCUCGUCACUAACCAUUCGAGCUCCGACAAGCUAGUUCUCGCGCAGAGCCUCACGCAGAUUGCCAUGAAAAGGCUCGAGAAGGAGCUCUACCACAUCCUCUCCACGAACAGAGAACACCUCGAUCCCGAGUCCGUAUCCCGGAAAUCUUCCCGCCAUUCUGACAAUUCCGAAAACGAGAACGGGAUCGUUUCCGAUGACGAGAUGGUGAAAGUCUCCGAGUCCACCAUGGAGGACGUGAAAUCCGUGGUCGAUUGCAUGAUCAGCGCAGGGUAUGGCACAGAGUGCAUAAAGAUCUACAAGCUCAUGAGGAAGUCGGCGGUCGACGAAGGCAUAUACCGGCUCGGGAUCGAACGGAUCAAGUCUUCUCAAAUCCAGAAGCUAACCUGGAGUUCGCGCGAGCAUCUGAUCAAGAACUGGCUGAACGCAGUGAAAGUCGCGGUGCAGACGCUCUUCAAGGGAGAGAGGAUCCUCUGUGACCACGUUUUCUCUGCAUCCAGCAAAAUCAGGGAAUCCUGCUUUGCCGAGAUUACCAAAGAGGCAGCGAUCAACCUGUUCCGACUGCCGGAAAUCAUGGCAAGAAUCAAAGGAUCGCCGCAUAGAAUUUUUAAAUUGAUCGAGCUCUACGAAGCAACUUACGAACUUUGGCCCGAUAUCGAGUCCAUAUUCAAGUUCGAUUCGAUGUUGGCUGUCAAAUUACAAGCCCUCUCUACGCUGGUGAAGCUUGGAAACAUGGUCCAAGUGAUCCUAUCGAACUACGAAGCCACAAUUCAGAAGGACUCCUCCAAAAUUCUCCCCGAAGGCGGCGGAAUCCACACGCUCACUCAGUCGGUGAUGGAAUUCACGACUUCCCUCACCAAUUACAGCGCGACUCUCUCCGACAUCUUGACGGACCAUCCACGAGCUGGAAAUCUGAAUCUGCCUGCGUCGUACUUCGAUGGCCCCAGCUCCGGCGAUCUCCCGACGUCGCCGGUCUUGGUCCGAUUAGCGUUGCUAAUCCUUGUCCUGCAAUGCAAGCUCGACGCCAAGGCCGAGCUCUACAAGGACGUCUCACUCUCCUACCUAUUCCUCGCCAAUAAUCUGAACUACAUAGUGGAAAAGGUGAGAUCGACCAAUCUCAAGUACCUGCUUGGGGACGAGUGGGUGGCGACGCACGCGGAGAAGGUGACGCAGUACGCGGCGAGCUACGAGGCGGCAGCGUGGAGCAAGGUCCUCUCGUCACUGCCAGAGGCAGCGGCCAAGGAAGGAUCCCCGGCGAUGUCGCCGGAUGCGGUGAGGGCGUGUCUCCAGAGGUUCGGCGCCGCGUUCGAGGAGGAGUACCGGAAGCAGACGUCAUGGACCGUGCCGGACGGGAAGCUGAGGGACGAGAUCAAGGUGUCCAUCUCGAGGAAGCUCGUGCCGGCAUACGGGCAGUUCUGCGAGGCCUGCCUAGGGAUUGCGAGCGGCGACGGAGAGGCGGAGAGGAAGCUCGCGAGUUUCGGGGCGGAUGAUCUGGGGAACUACUUGUCGGACUUGUUCCACGGGAAGGCGGUUUCGAGGGGUUCGUCGCAGUCGCUGUCGUGGCGGUCUCGAGGGUGUUUGCUACGUUGAUUUGAAAUGGAUCGACUUGUUUCUUCCUUCCUCUUGUGCGACGGUGGAGGAUGUGAAUAGAAUAAACUUUGCCGACGAUGGGUCGUCGUCGGCUGCUUUCUUUCUGUUUCGGUUGGUUCCUGAAAAUUUUCCCGGGAAAAUAAGCGUCUGUCUCAAAUGGGCAAUGAAUUUCUUUUACGACAUUCACGUAAAAAUCAAAUCUUUAACGACAAU